GUGAUGUCGAUUUAGUAAGUGAAAUGAUCCUACCAGGAUACAAUCGAUUUAUGCCAAUUUUUUAACAAAAUAUGCAUAGAAAGUAGAGUAUUAUUGAAAGCAAAUGAAAUAUGCAUAUAUGUAACCUAUCUCAAUUCAGUCUCACUACAAUUUACAUAAAACAUUUAAAUAAACCGUAACAUUAUAAACAAAAUGAGAAAAUCUCAUAUUUAAAUAUACGCUAUGUAAUAGCGCUAUGUACUAAGAGUCAUAAAAGUAGAAUUACAGACUAAAAAAUUAUUUAAGACAAUCCUCAAUUAAGGAAUAAAAAUUUGAGAUCAAGUAAAAUCAAUCAAAAGUUAAAUAUGACAACUAGUGAUUGAGCAUUUUUGUCCAUUUUUUCUUCUAAAUUCAGUGCAGUUUUUUUUUAUAUUCAAAACGAUGCACAAUGCACAGAAUUUAAAGGAGAGUGUAAAAGUGUGGGAGUUAAGCUUAACAUGUAGUUUAAUUUCUUAUUUAGUUUUUUAUUUUUUUUUAUUUUUUGGUCAUCCCAUGAGAGUGUGUUAGGUCUUCCUUUCAGUUUUUCUAUCAUUUUCAAUUGACCCGCGUUUCUUUCGUUUCAAAGUGAAUUUGGAUAUUUUGGACAUAGAAAUCAUAUUUUAUGUAAUCUAUAUAACGAUAUUCAUUUUGAUAUAUGUUAAAAAAUAAAUAAUAAGACCAUGACUCACGAGCACGAGUAUACAAACCAUGUCCCUAUUUAACAAAAUUACUAGAAACAUCAAUAUCACUAAGUUUUGUACCUCCAUAUAGGAUUGACGCAUAUACCAUCAUAACUCAUGGAGCAAGUUCAAAUUUUACAGUGUUACUAAACUAUACAAAUAUGAUUCAGAUUUCUAACCAUAAUGCAUAACAGAUUCAUGCAAUGUCUAAAACACUAUCGUUGAGUAUAAAUCAAAUUAAUUAUCUUAUCGGUAAAAAUUCGCCUACCGACCAACUGGCCGGGUUCAAAGCUAGUGUCAUUGAAAAUGGAAGUACGACAAGUUGUGUGAUCAAAUUGCUCUUUAGCUCUCCCCGAUCUUUUUUUUCUUUUUCAAUUCUUUUUUUCAUUAAUACAAAGGGCUUGACCUUUUCGGCCUUUCUCCAUUGCCUUCCUCUCAAUCUCUCUUCGCAGUCCGCAGUCGCAGUGGCUGGUCACUAAUAACGAUGACGGCGACGUUAUCUCCUGAUAGCAACAUUAACUCUCCCCUCGCCCACGAGAGCACUUAGCCGGCGCUAACUCAAGAGAUUUCAAGGUUCCUUUUCGGGGUUUCAAGCAGAGCACUCGCGCAUCAUCAAUCUGCCUUGGUGACACAGCAGCUAAAGGUACAACCCUUUUCAGUUCGUGCAAUUGAUAAUGGCCUAGCUUAAUUCUAAGUUUCUAAUCAGCUGGAUGUGAAUGUACGAUACCCCAAUUGCUGGUUGGAAAUUCGGUUGUGUUUCGGUUCUCAGAUUCCUGUCAUUAUACUUAUGGUACUUCACCCCUGCUAUUGUAUCUAUGCACUUCACUGCUACUCGCUAAUGACAAUUGCGUAUGUAUGUAUGUAAUUGUUAUGUCUUUGAAAGUUUGAAACUUUGCUUACUGAAAGUUGGAAUCUUUGAUCUUGGUGUUCUGCUCCUUUGCUCAUGCUUGUCUCUUUUCGGUUUAAUUGUUUGGAGAUUUGCUGAUGGGUAUAAGAACAUAAUUGGUGGUGCUGUACUAUCUGAUUUAAUUUGCUCUUGAGGAAACAAGUAGUUGACGCCAGUCUAGGCAUUUGGAGGAAUAAUCGUCUCAUAAGGAACUUGCACUAAUGGCUAUACUAGGCAGCUCAAGAAAAUCGAGUUUUGAUGAAACUUGGGUUGGGCUCAAUGAUCUGGAAUUGUGAUUUUUCUUCUGUUAUUUUUGUUUCCUUUGACUGGUUCGUGAAGCGAUUUCUUCACAUCUAGAUGAAAAGGUGUAGUAAGUUGAUUUUAUGAUCUUUAUCGAUAGGCAGGGGCAAUCAUUCUGGAAAACUGAGAAUGCUGUCAUUGUAUUCAUCAGACAAAGGAAAGGAACAGCAGCAUUGCUUGUGGAUGGGAAGAGUGGAUGAAUAACUAAGGAACAGCGGAGCAGUGGAAACACAAGAGAGAGGAAGUUGGAAAUGGGCACAAUGAACAAGCUAAGAUGGGCGAUGGACGGAGGGUCUUGGGACCUGGACAUCUCAACUCCAGUGACCCUAGAAGGAGAGGCUAGGGCGGUACCUGGAUAUCCUCUCCCUCUUGGGGUUUCCCGUGGGACGAAGCUGUCCAGGCCUAAGCAGACUGAUUUCUUCCAGCGGUUCAUGUUUGCUCCUUUCCUACCUUCCUAUUCCUAUUCUCCAGCCUCCAGCGGUCACUCGUUUUCACUCCAACGUUGUCUAACCAUCCCUUUAUCUCAGGACUGGUUUGCCGCAUUGCAAGGCCAAUUCAAUCUUCACAAGUUUGUAUCCUCCUUAAGAAAGCAGAUAACCUUGCUUCGAUCUUCUGAUUCCCAGACUGCAUCCCUCAUCCCUGCCAUUUGUGCAUGUCUUCGUGACAAAUCAUUGUAUGCACUUGGCAUCUAUUCUGAGCUCUUACUAACCCCUCAAGACACUCUUGUUCUCAGCUCGGACGCCAAUGGCAAUAACGAUAUGCCACCUCGUCGCAAGGCAGUCCUCCAUCACGAGUUCCCUAAUCACAAUCUCACUUUGGAGGCAGCUUCCCCUGCCCUCUUCCUGGACAACUCUGGAAACUAUUGGGACGUACCUUUGUCUCUCGCCCUUGAUCUUGCAUCCAUUCCUUCCUACUCUGGUGCCAGUUACCAUUUCUGUAUGCGUCAUAUAGCUGGAUUGCCAAAGCUGUUUGAAGGUGGCAACGACAACGCUGGAAAGAUGAUUCCUGCUACACUGCUACCUGGUAUUACUCUCAGACAUGCCAUCUCCUUCAAGAAAAAUGUAGAAAUUUGGAGGGGUGAAGCUAAGAAGUUGAGGAUGGUGCAACCAUUUGACAUCUUCCUAUCUAAUCCUCAUAUUUCGGCAUCUGGUAUCAUAGGUGCUGUGAUGACGGCCUCUCAUGGAGACAACUCGGCUGGGUCAGAAGUGGAUGAUUUGCAAAGCACUGCAGCUGGAUUCUCCUAUCGAUCUCAUGCCCUCAAAUCUGCAGUUCAUGCUGACAUGUUUUCGUCUGUCUCUUUCAUGGCUCAGCAUGGAAGUUUCCAGAAGUGGUUCCUAGAUCUCACACGGCUCCAUGUCCGUCUUGAUUUCCCUUCUGGCCGCAAAUUUCUUUCAGGUGCCACUCAAUUAGCACAUGAUUUCGUCAACUCUCAACAACCGACUAAUAAAGCAAUUGAAGCCAUUACCCCCAAUGCAACUAUUUCCCUUCAACAGCAGAUUGUUGGGCCGUUUAGCUUCAGAGUUGAUUCUAGGGUCUCCGUGGAGUUGAAAAACCAGACCGAUUGGUGUGUGCAUGCACAUGACACAGUGUUCGCGAUCGAGUAUGCCCUACAAGUCCUUGGUUCAGCUAAGGCAAUUGCAUGGUAUUCGCCCAAGCAGCGGGAGUUCAUGGUGGAGCUCCGGUUUUUCGAGACGUAAAGCAAACUAGCUGCUACGGAGAUCCCAUUUUUGUUUUGUAAUCUGUUGAAUGUAAGUAAUUGAACAGAAAGUUUCAGAGAAUGUAAUUUGCAGCUAUAUCAGAGCGUGAUUCAGUCAUCAAUGGAUUAUGCAAUAGGACUUGGCAGGCUGAUCAGGUAGGUAGUAUUCAAACAGAAUGAUUAACUUGAAUAUUAUCUUCCAAUGGUUUCUUUCUACAUUACCCAAAUCACCUCCAUUGUUUAUCAAACUGAUGUAAAUUAUCUUCAGAUCUGGUUGCCAAAAUCUUCAACAUUCCUCCUUCAGUUUCAGAUUUGUUUAUACAUGUUUGUUUCACUUACCUAGUUGACUUGCAUAUUUGACACAAAGCAGAUAAGAAUAAAGAAAAAAUCUUCUC